CAAAAAUAUUGGUUUCUACCAAUGAUAAAUUCACGUUUAAACGCACGUAAAUCCAGUUUAAUUUAAACGAUCAAUAUUGACCGUUUAGCAUUGUUAAACUACGGUUAAAAAAUAUAACUAGCUAGUUCUGCAGACAAAAAUUGUGUGAUAAGGUUAUAUGUAAGGUUAUUAAUGAGGUUAUAUAUUGGAUAUAUAUAUUGGAUAAAGUAAAUAUAUUAAUUGAGAAGUUAUACGUAGGAAAUAUGAUGCCCCAGCAUUUACUAAACUUGUUGUUUUCUGAUGAUGAAGAUAUUGUGAAUGUGAGACCGAUCAGAAGAAGGAAAAGAUUUAAACAUCGCAUUAAUUAUUUGGAAGAGCUUGAUGACAUCGAAUUCAUAAUGCGAUUUCGAAUAAGUAAAAGAUCUGUGUUAUCAGUGUUACAACACAUAAGAGAAGAAUUAGAAUUUGCAACAAAUAAAAAUAAAGCGAUAUCUCCCAUGAUACAAUUGUUAUUGACGCUUCGUGUAUAUGCCACUGGAUCAUUUCUUAUAUCUGCUGGAAAUUUCUCAGGUGUGAGCACAACUUCAGCACAUUAUAUUGUACACAGAGUCAGUAGAACCAUUGCUAGAUUACGACCUCUUUAUAUUCAUUUUCCAAACACGGAAGAAGAAAUAAGAAAGGAACAACAACAAUUCUAUAAAAUUGCGCGUUUCCCAAGAGUGAUAGGAUGCAUAGAUUGCACACAUAUCCGUGUCCAAUCAUUUGGUGGAGAAGAUGCUGAGUUAUUUCGUAAUAGAAAAGGAUAUUUUUCCAUAAAUACGCAAGCAACAUGUAACAGCAAUUUACAAAUAACAGAUAUAGUUGCUCGUUGGCAAGGUUCUGUGCACGAUAGUACAAUUUUUAAUAAUAGUCGCUUGAGAGCAAAUUUUGAGAAUGCCGCAUAUGGUAACGGUUUUUUGUUAGGAGAUUCCGCAUAUCCUUCGAAGCGGUAUCUUCUAACUCCACUGAUAACGCCACAAACUGCUGCAGAACGACUCUAUAAUGAAUCACAUAUUCGUACCCGCAAUAUAAUAGAACGUCUAUUUGGUGUUUGGAAAAGAAGAUUUCCAAUUCUAGCAUUGGGAAUGCGAUAUCACUUACAAAGAGUCAUGCCUAUUAUUAUUGCAACAGCAGUGCUUCACAAUAUUGCUAGACAAAAUAAUGACCCACAACCAGAUGACGAUCCAAAUUUAGAUUUACCAUGGGAUCAUAUGCUAGCCGAAUGCAACAUUAACCAGAGAAUCAAUAAUGACGAAGUUGCUGGUGCAACAGUAAGAACAGAACUGAUUCAUACUUAUUUUGCUAACAUUAGAGUAUAAUAAAGUGAGGAAACAAUACAUCUACCCUGAAACGUUUCACAAUUAACACACAUGAAUGAAAGACAUCUAAAAAGUCAAAGAAACUUUCUAUCCUUUUGCAUAUGUGUAGAGUAUAAACUGCAUAAGGAUAUCGAACAGGAAAUGCGAAAACCUAAAAAUAUAUUUAGAUAUUUAGUGAUAUAUUUGUCUCAUUUCUGUUUUAUUUUUAUGUGCAUAUUAAGGAAAUUCCAAAUUUAAAUAAUAUUGAUGUUUGUAACACUUUUUUUAUUUGAAUAAGAUACAGUUUAA